GGUGCCUAGCCCGCCUCCAAUAUAAGAGGAUUCUGUACUCCUUUGACUCGUGCCCCGCGCGCUCUCAGCCUCGCUCACCAUGUCAGACCAUGAGUAUGGAGGAAGCGAUGACCUGUCUCUCCCCAAGGCGACCGUGCAGAAGAUCGUGAGCGAGAUUCUGCCACCGUCAACCGGUUUCUCUUUCUCAAAGGAGGCCCGUGAUCUGCUCAUAGAGUGCUGCGUGGAGUUCAUAACCUUAGUCUCCUCAGAAGCAAAUGAGAUCUCAGAGAAGGAGGCUAAGAAGACCAUCGCAUGCGACCACAUUACUAAGGCCCUAGAAACCCUGGGAUUCGGCGAGUAUGUUCCCGCGGUUCUCGAGGCCGCAGCACAGCACAAAGAGACCCAGAAGGUCCGCGAGAAGAGAGGAAACAAGCUUGAAGACAGCGGGAUGACAAUGGAAGAGCUGGCAGAGCUCCAGAAGCAGCAAUUCGAAGCUGCUCGCGUGAGGCACGCCUAAUCAUUCACCCAUCGGAAAGCCUGAGGAGCUGCCCCCGCCGGUUCUAUCACGGGACUUAUCGCCUUCCCUUCCGGAGUUCUACGGGGUCGACUUGUUCUUUGUUUUGGUGACGAAUCGGCUGAUGCACCACCCUAUGGGAAAUUGACUGUAGAAGACGAUGCAUUUGUUGGCGUUAGGUCAAGCUCGGGUUUACGAAAUGCUUGCGGUACAGGCGUCGAUUGACGGGUGGCCUGAGUUUCCCCGUGGGGUCUCAAUGAGAAGAGUUUUCAAUCUGCAAUCUGAUUAUUGCGAAUUCCAUCGUCUUGAGUUCUGCAACCUCUCGUGCCCGGCGCAUUGGUAUGUCGAUUAAUCCUGUGUAGUAUUGUUGAGGUCAGUUCAAGAGACUCUAUCGACGAUCUAAAAGAAUGAUCUUAGUUUUGCUUUCGCGGCUAACGAA